AUGGACGGCUCGGACAAGUUUAACUACCAAGCUGAAAUACCAGGCCCGCCAAUCAUCGACAUCGAGGCCGAUGCAUCGAAGCCAGUAUCGAGACGCAGACCCACCAAGCGGGAGCGCAUGCUGCACGUGAGCUUGGCCUGUUGCAUGUUUCCCUUGCUCAUGCUGGCCACCACAGUCCUGCUGUUCCUGAUGUUGACGUUCGUUUGGAAGGGAAACAUCGACAUCGUGGCACAUGCCUCGGUAGUCAUUACGCUGCUGUUGUUGACGUUGGUCCCGUGCCACCUCAGCUGUGCUGGCAGGUGCGGUAUCAGAUCGCGUCUCUGGCGAUACGUGUUCACCGGUGCACCCCUCUUUGCGCUGGUGGCAUUUAUCGGUUUCUUCUUGGGACUGUUCUAUAGCACCGAAGAGGUCCUUUUGAAGAUUUCUUAUGACGCAUCCCAACCGGUGCUUGUCGUGGGCACUGGGCCCAGUGGCCUUUCUGCAGCGUGGAUGCUGGCGAAGAGCGGCCGCAAGGUGGUGCUACUAGAAGCGACCGACGACAUCGGUGGCCACUCCAAAACCUGGGUGGAACCAACGGAGCAAGGUGAUUUCCCUGUGGACAUUGGCUACAUCUUCAACAAUGUGAACUACCACCACUACAUCAAUUUCACCAACUAUUUCGGCUAUCCACGCGUGGACACUGCGUUGAACACAUCGGGCGCCUUCAAUGGCAGAUAUUGGGACAAUGUCCAUGCCGAACGAGGCGUCUUUGGCGAGGACUUGGAGGCAGAAGUGGAUCGUUUCCUGGAGUUGGUCAAGCAGCCGGACGACACCCUGAGGUAUUUGACCCCCUUGGGUGCCUUUCUGUGGUGGCACGGCUUUUCCGACGACUUCUACAGCCUGUGCUUGUCUUCCAUUCUGUCGGUGCUGUUCGUUACGAAAAUGGGGGCGACUCGCCAGUGUGCGCAGUGCACCCUGAACUAUUUCAGGACGGGGGAUGGCUUCUCGCACCUCCGAUAUGAGAGACCGAUGGUGCAGAACAGCCCGAAGGGCUCUCAAUUUAUGUGGCGCGAUAUCAUCGCGGAUGCCAAUGCAACAGGUUUGCUGGAGAUCCAGCUCAACAGCAAAGUCGAGAGACUAGAAAGGGUGGAUGACAUGUGGUCGGCGGUCCUCGCGGAUGGAAGGAGACUAGCGAAAUUCCAAGACGUGAUCUUGGCGAUUCCGGCAUCCGAAAGCGGCCGAAUUGUCCCAAACCCCUGGCACAAGUUUGUCUUAAACCAGAUCGAUUACAUCACAACUUUUUUGACGUUCCACACAGAUGCGGAAGCGACGGUGGCAAAAUCCCACUUCGCACCUGCAGCUGGCUCGCCGGUUUUGUAUUUCGUCGAUGAUGAUGCCAUGACAGGGAAGAUUGGCCAGAUCUUUGGUGACCAGGAUAGUGACUUGCUCCUCACGGUGCACGGCGAUAGAAACCUGAUCAACUCGAGCAAGGUCAAGACUCAGUAUGCCUGGUCGCACCAUUUCUUUUCCCUGUGGGAGAUUGCCAUCGCACGAAAGUUCGUGCCGAUGUUCAACUCCAAGAACGGGGUUCACCUUGCGGGUGAUUGGAUUUAUGGCGUCGGCCAUAACGACGCCAUCAGGUCGGGAAUUGCUGCCGCGUGCACGGCUGGCCUCUCCAAAGAACUUCCCAGCAGCGACCCAGCAGGGCAGCUUUAUUCGAACUUCAUUUCGGACGUCUGUCAGACAGAGUUUGCGGCGCUCAGCUGA